CGACAUUUGUACGAAUGUAAACAUAACUCGUAGCAUUAUCUGAUUGUCUAUUGAAGUGAACUGUAUCAAAAUAUAAGGGAGUAUUACGUUUAAACAGGAUGACAAGUGUAUUAUUUUCCUCGGAGAAUGUGGCGGGAGAUUGUCCAGGUACAAUGUUUGGUGACCUAUCAUCAUCUUCGUUCGCGGUCAUAGUGUUGCAGGAAUGGUGGGGUGUUACUGACGAAAUAAGAUCGAAAGCAAAAGAAAUACAUACUAAAUGCGCAUGCGUGACUCUCAUUCCAGAUCUAUAUAGGGGUAAAGUUACACAAGACUAUGAGGAGGCUGGGCACUGGAUGGAUACUUUAGACUGGCAAGGGGCUAUUAAAGAUGUUCAAGGCGCUGCUAGGUUCUUGAACUCGAAAGGGAUAAACAAGGUUGGUGUUACGGGAUUCUGUAUGGGUGGAGCAUUAAGUCUUGCAACCGCUGCGCAUGCCUGUGAAAUAUCCGCGGCUGCUCCAUUUUAUGGUCUGCCAAAGCCGGGAACCUGUGACCUUGCUUGCAUUCGGGUUCCAGUACAAGCACAUUUUGGUGAACUUGACACAUUUAAAGGAUUUGCAGCGCCAGAAGAUGCCAGGAAUCUUGAAAAGUUGUUGAGUGAUAGGUGUGAUUUUCAACUGUACAUGUAUCCAGCUGGUCAUGCAUUCUGUGAUCCAAAUUGUCAUCGGUAUAAUAAAGAACAAGCUGAAUUAGCAAUGCAAAGAUUGAUUCAAUUCUUUACAAGUAAACUGAUAUGAAAUUCCCUUCAAUCAAAUUGUGGAUUUUGUUUGUCAUAUUGAAAUAAAUUUUUUACAUGAUGACCUUGGUGUCAUUUAAAUCAUCAUGAACUUUGGCCUAAUACGAGUCUAUUGAUUGUUUAUUUAUAAACCUACCUCGUGAUACCUUUAUAUUAAACCAGGGUGGACGUCUUUCACAUCAUAAAAAUAUCCAUGCUUCAUUUUACAUUUUUUUGGCUCUUUUUAAUCAUAAUAUUCAUUUUAAUCACAUAUUUGUUGUAAAUUAUGAAUUUCAUAGAAAUAACCAGUGUGUUCUGUAUGCUUCUUUCGAAUUAUGAAUACAUUUUAUGUUUACUAACAAAAGGAAUUAUAGUUUAAUUAACUAUUCAGUGCUUUAUUGUAUUUAAU